ACCUACUAGUCACAAACUUUCUGUAAUAAAAAUACACAUUAAAUUUAUAAAAAAUCCACGCUUGAAUCUUGUUAAACCUUGAGAAGUUGAUGGUAAUUUGUAUAUUAGUAUUAUUUAUUAUUGAAUUUAUGUUACAAUGCUAAAUUCUGUAAGCAGACAUAUUUUAAAUAAAUUAAAGAGCGGGACGCGGAUAUAAUUUUUAAAGAACUAUUUAUAUUAGGUAAAAUUUAUCAUUAAUGAAUAGCUAUGAGUUCGGAAUCGGAUUCUGAAGAUGACGUAUAUGGAAACAUAUCGAAAAAACUACAAAUGUUAAAGAGCGGUUAUCAAGCCGACAAUAUAAGAACUGCAAACCUUCUUAAAACACCGGACGUUGAAUUGUCUGAAGACGAUGAUAGUACACUCAUUGAUCAAAUGAUAGCUUUACACGCGAUAGAAAAAGAAAAGAACAAAACAGUAACUACUGCUGCAUCGAAACGAAAGAGUAAUAUUACAAGGGGAAGACAAACUAAGAGAAGUAAAGCGGCAUCAACAAUUGAACCUUCUACUGACAGUAAUUUCGUUCAAACACGUAGGUGCCGUAGGUGUAAUAAGUCUGUUACUAAUGUUCAAAGUGAAGAAUCAAGUAGAACUCCAGUGAGAGGAAGAAGUGUAACAAGACGAGGACGAGGAAGAACACCGAGACGAGGUCGCGGAAGAGGUAGAAGCCAAACAUUAAUGUAUCCAACAUAUAGUGUUGGAAACACAGAAGAAUAUCCAGAUAACUCUGAUGGUGUUCAACUAUUUACUACAAAAACUGUAACUAAUCCUGAAGUAGAAGAAGAUGACGAUGAAGAGCUUUAUAAUGAGGAGAUGUCUGUAAAAGUGUGUUGGCAAAGUGUAGAGAUAGUUAAGUUUACAAUUAGGAGACAUCAAAAGCUUACCCAGUUAUUUGAACACUUUUGUGCACGCGAGGGUGUUAGUAAUGACAAAUUAUUGUUCACUUACAAUGAUAGGAUAUUAAAAAUUAAUGAUACUCCAGAUCAAAUAGGAUACAAUAUUGCAAAGUUUAUUGACGGUGGCGUAGUGAAAAGUAAUAUUCAACAGACAGAUAAUGUAACGGUCGAACCACUUGGAGGGAUCCAAAUAAAAUUCCAAUGUCAGAAUUUGAAGAAGCCAUUGCUAAUUUCUGUUGAUCCUGAGAAAAACCUUAUGCAAGCUAUGGUAAAAUGUGCAGAGGAACUUGAAAAACCAAUGAACAUGCUACAGUUUGAGUUUGAUGGAGAUAAAAUUACAGGUAGAACAACAGUAAAGGAGCUAGAACUGGAAGGUGGUGAAUGCAUAGAUGUUAAAUAUGUGUCAAAUGAUAUUAUUAAUUUAGCUUAGGCUGUUUUAAAACUAAUGUUAAUUACCUAAUGUGUUUAUAAUAUGUACACGUAUAUUAUUUCGAUUAAAAUAAUUUUUAAUACUUUUAAAA